UACUCCUUAUUUUAGAACCUCGUAGACUACGUUGGGCUGCUUCAGUAUCAAGAUUUCCGAAAAAAUCUCCUCCGCCGUUUCGACAAUUUGAAGUGCGCGCGGUGAUUAGUGCGGUUGAAAAUUACGAAUCGUGUCCAUUUAAAUACGCUACCUUACCGCAAACAAUUUAUCACAUGAUGAUAAUGAAAAAGUACACAAUUAAUCGACCUUGGUCGCUAUUUAAAUCUAGUUUUUAACUAACUAUUCUUUUUUAACAAGUACGCCGGACAGGUGAGAAUAAAAGACGAACAUAGUGCGCGUUUACCUACCGUAUAUUUAUAGUACAUUAGUUUCAUAUCUAAUUGUUUUAUUGACAUAGUUAAAAUACGUCAGUACGUACUGCGAAAAUAAAUGGAACGGUUAAAGUACUGUAUUUUUAAUAAUACAAAUAAUUAACCUCAAUAGUUAAAUUAAUAAGGUACCUCUACCUAUAAUACCAUGAAGAAGUUUUGCAAUAAAAUCAGUAAGCAACAGUGGCGCGUGUCCGUACCUAACAUCAACACCGCAAUUUUCAAACGAUCGAGUAGUAAAGAAAAAGAUGAAUCGGGUAGUGGUAAAAUUAAAAAGAGUGCGUCGGGUAGCUAUGAUAUUGAAGCAGCACAACAGGCGUUCGAACAAAAUCGAAACAUUGUAAAAACGAUCAUCGCGGAAGAUGAAUCGAGUGACUCUGAUAGUGAUGAGUACCAAGACGCGAGAGCGAUGAGUGAAAAGUUGAGUGACGAGAUGAAUUCCUCCGUUUAUGCCGAUGUUGAGUUACCUACAAAAGUUGAUGUGAAUGAGUGCAGCGAUGGAUUUGAUGUGCCUAAUAUUAGUUUUUCGUUUUUUGAGGAGCAAAAUAAUUACGAUUAUCAGGUGGUGAACGUAGAACGCAAACAGAAAAUAGAACCAAAAAUAGGUAGUAACGAAGAGGACCACACUCACAUUAGCGAGGUAACGAUUGUAAUUCAAGAAUCGGAACUUUCGAAAAAUUCCAGCUCGCCUACCAUAUCAAAGAGUGCGGACGACUUGGGGAACUCUUUCAUCAAAUCUGAGUACUUUAAUUUCGAACUGACGAAAAGUUUAAACGACUGCUCGUGUAGUCAAAGAUUAAUGAAGAGCGGCAGCGAUCCCAAUAUAUCCCACAGCCAGCUUGAGUUAGAACACGAAGACGACGGAUUAUACAAAGUUCCCGGGGCCGUGAGAAAAAUUCGCCAUUCCCAUUCGUUGAACGACUUCAACAAGAUCGAGCAGAUCGACUGCAUAUCGUCCGCGCAUUCGAGUAUAGAGCACAUUUCGUGCAGUCAAAUUAUAGUUAAGAAGUCGGAAGGUAACGAGGUCGAUAGGGGUUCACCCGCUAUGGACUACUGCAGAGUGCGAAGCAAAAUGCCAUUCAAGAAACGCAAAGUUAGCUUUCUGCGUAAACCGAAAGCCACAACGUGGAUAAAUCUGAGAGCCAAAUUCGAUCACAUGGUCAACGAGCACGCGGCGAAGCAGAGGGUGGGUGCGUUUCCAGACAAAGAUAGCACAGUCAUACACAUCGAAGAGAUGUACAAAUCAUCCAAAGACAAGUGCAAGAAAAUUUUGAAGAGCACCGGAAGGAUGUUCAAAUCGAAAAGGGACCAAGAGAAUGUCGAUCCAAACGGUGAGAAAUCUCCGAAAUUGAUUAAAGCUAGUGACAUCGAGUAUAAAUUCGACGAGGAGAGUAAGGACGAUUGUACGGAUAGUAGCAGUAUUAAUACUAAGACUGAUAAAAGUGAUAAAUCAGUAGUGAUAAGUGCCAAACAUUUUUUUAGUCUUCCAAUGACUAUAAUUGAUGAAAAAAUGCAGGAUGGAGAGUUUCGUUCGGUGAAAAAUGUAUUUAGGAGAAGUAAAUUUUUGCCGGCAGAGGUAGGAGAUCACGUUUUGCUUUUACGGCACGUGCUUUCAGCAUUGCAACUCGAUUUUGCUUUUGUUUAUAUAAACAUCGCCUACUGGUAUGUUGGUUUGGAUAAUGAACAUCGCGAGAAGACAACCUUUAGCAUAGGGUCGGGUCUAUGGCAAUUUACGGUUAUGCCCUUUGGCUUGAGUAACGCCUCCGCGACGUUUGAAAGAUUAAUGGAACUGGUUUUGAGAGAAGGGAAGAUGCACGAAGGCGAGCACGCAGGGACCAUGAAGUUCGCGUGUAGAGAACAAGAGUUGCCUGGGACUGUGUUUGCGCUACAGCCGUCGUCCGUGUUGCGCGACGCAACAGUUUUAAGAGAGGAGCAGUGUAGCGAAUACUCCAGAAAUCCCGAUAGACAUCGAGGCGCCAUGAAAGAUUAA